UUCCCACAGGGUUUAUCAGUGGGGACACUCACUGGGGACACCACAGGGACCAUGUAUGGCAACGUGGAGCCCAGCCAGGGGCAAAAGUGGGUGCCAGGACCCGGUCAUGGGGAAGAGGAGAACCCCUACGAACCCCUGGACCCCCCUGAGGUCACCCCAAGCCAGAAGCAUGUGCCAGAGGCAGCAUGGACAAGGGCAGAGCCAUCGUCGCCUCAUCCCCUAUCCCCAGCUCCAUCCAAGGGCUGCUCCAAAGGGAAGCUGGUGCUGGUGGCCACAGUGGCCCUGGGGGUCUCGGUGCUGAUGAACAUCCUCUUCCUCACCAUCGGCUCACGGCACAUUGCAGCUCUGACGGCGGAGCUGGAGGCAGCGAAGGCGAAGGCGAUGCCCAAUGUGGCCUCCCGUUCCUUCCUGCUCUACAACGAAAACCACCGCAAGUGCAUCGAGGCCGACGGGCACCAGUUGACAGCGACCACGUGCCGGCCCGCUGCCGCUUCCCAACGCUUCCAAUGGCUCCAAGGGGGCCGGCUGUGGGGCUGGCAGAGCCAGCGCUGCGUCACGGCCACUCAGGACCAAAGCCUGGCCUUGGUGAGGCUGGAGCCGUGCCGGGAUGAGGAUAAGCUGCAGCGUUGGGAAUGCCGGGAUGGAGGGUUGUUGGCGCUGGCCGGAUAUGAGCUCUACUUCAACUUUGGCAACAACCAGCAGCGCGCGGUGACGCUCUACACCGGGGAUGGGCCGUGGAGCCGCUGGGUGGUCCAUGGGAGCAAGGAGGACGUCUGCUCCCGCUCCUGCUGUCCCCCUUGCUCCAAAGGCUGGCUCCACUUCCGGAAUUCCUGCUAUUUGUACUCCAAGACAGCCGCUUCCUGGGAGAACGCCCGGCGCUUCUGCUCGCUCCUGGGGGCUCAGCUCCUGGAGGUGGAUGGGCCUGAGGAGAAGGAUCACAUCCGGACCAUGCUGCAAAGCUCCUCCUGGCUCGGUAUCCGGGAUGAAGAGGUGGAAGGGGCCUGGAAGCGAGCCAAUGGGUCCAUCUUAUCCUGGGAAAGCAGCUCUUGGCACAGGAGCGAGCCCAAUGGUGGGCGCCAGGAGAACUGUGCAGCAGUGAGGGAGGAUGCUCUGUGGUACGAUUACCCCUGCACCAGCCAGCUCCCAUGGGUGUGUGAAGGGCAACCCUAAAGGGGGCACCCCAAAAACAUCUGUCCCCCC